AUGGAUCUGAUCAAAGAGGUCAGAGACAAAAAUUGUCCAGGGGCGCCUCUUCCUAAAGUGCGCGCUAAGCGCUCGAAUAAGAAGAAGGUGGUGGAAGAGGAGGAGAUGACGGAGGAUGAGGAGGAUGAUGAGCAGGAAGAGGAGCAGCCAGGACCAUCAGGGCAUCAGGCCCAUAGCCCACCUGAGACAGUUCAGGUCCAGGAGGAUGAGGAGGAGGAAGAAGACAAGGUGGUGACCACCCCCCGCCAGGAGGCAAUAAACAACUUAUUGAAAGAGGUGAAAAAAGUGCAGCGGGAGCAGUGCGACCGGAUGAAAAAGUUGAGGGCGCAGCUGCUGAAAAGGGUGAGGGAUGAGCUGACCCUAGCAGAGGAGGCCAACAAAAAGGCCCUGGAUGGACUGCUCCAAAAGCUCCAAGAAAUGAAAAAAUUGCCUUAAUUUUUUUUUUUCAUUUG